UAUCUGGAACCACAUCAUCUACAAUCAUGAUGCCACCUACAGCAUCCCCCUUUCCCCAAAUUCAUCUCCUCUGCAUGGACGAAAAAUACAUCCGUGCCUUCGAAUCUGCCUUGUCGACAACCACCACAUCUCCCCAAUUUCCCAAGAUCACUUUCCACAAUUGUUCCCUCUCUUAUAUCUCACCGAACAUUCAAUUCGAUGUGAUCGUCUCCCCAGCCAACUCCUACGGCCGGCUAGACGGUGGCUUCGACGACGCCAUCUCACGUGCCUUCUCCCCAACGACAGACUACCUCGCCUUGACCCGCCAUACGCAAGGGAUUCUCUAUCGCGAUUAUCGGGCCUACCUGCCCCCGGGAUCAUGUACGCUCAUCACUAUCCCGGAGGAGUUUUACAAUCGAUCGAAGAAUGUCUGGGGAACAAGGUACGUGGCGCUCUGUCCGACCAUGAGAGUGCCGCAGAAUGUGCGCUGGGAUCGGGAGAUCGUGUAUGAGUGUAUCUGGAGCUUGUUGUGCGCUAUCGACAGACAUAACUGGGAUGUUGAUAGGACAGCAGACGGGGCAACGAGGAUUGAUAGUCUCUUGAUGACCCCGUUUGCGACAGGGUGUGGGCUUGUCUCGCCUGAGAAGUGGGCCAGACAGAUGAUCCUGGCGCUUAAUCAUUACGUCGAUGCGGUGCAGAAUCCAAAGAAGUGGUCCAGUCUGGAUCUGGGUCAGGCUAUGGUGUAUUCCAGUGAGGUGGCGAGGACUUGGGAGUUAUAAAUGGGUGUUGAAGGGUGUAUAUUUGACACCUGAGAAGGCAAUGGGUGAUGAAGAUGAGGAAGGUGCAUUGUGUGUGGAAGUAAGAUGUUCGCACUCAUUUGAUGGCGUGUAUCUGGAGACAAGAGCUGGCAAGAGAAAAGUAGUUAGAAACAUGACUGUGUGUGUGUGUGUGUGUGUGUGUGUGUGUGUGUGGAGAUGAGGUGUUCACACUUCGUUGAUGCUGUAUAGCUCGAGACAAGGCU